AUGUUCUUAAGAGCUACUUCCUUAUUAAAGCCAACUUUUAGAAUGGUUGCUCGUCCAGCAAGCAUAAUGCAAAUGCAAACCAGACUAUUCUUAUCAACAGAAGUCAAAAAGGCUAUUGAAGAAGCUAUUGGCACUGCACCAGUUGUUCUUUUUAUGAAAGGUACUCCAGAAUUCCCACAAUGUGGAUUUUCAAGAGCUACUAUUUCACUUUUGGGUCAACAAGGUGUUGAUCCUGCUAAAUUUGCAGCUUUUAAUGUCUUGGAAGAUCCAGAAUUACGUAAUGGUAUAAAGGAAUAUACUGAAUGGCCAACUAUUCCUCAACUGUUUGUUAAUAAGGAGUUUGUUGGUGGCUGUGAUAUUAUUACAAAUAUGUCGCAAUCAGGUGAACUAGCCAAACUUCUAGAAGAUGCCGAUGUAUUAGUACCGGAAGAUGGCACAGAAGUUAAUUAA